AUGUCUUCCUCUUCCACAGCUCCAACUAGACCAGUUGUCAUUUCUGGUCCUUCAGGAACAGGUAAAUCUACACUUUUGAAGAAGCUUUUCGCCGAACAUCCAGACACUUUUGGUUUCUCCGUUUCCAACACUACAAGAAAACCAAGAGAAGGUGAAGUCAAUGGUAAAGAUUAUCAUUUCAGCACAGUUGAGGAAUUCAAAAAACUUAUAGACGAAGACAAAUUUAUUGAAUGGGCUCAGUUUUCCGGUAACUAUUACGGUACUACCGUAAAAGCUGUUAAAGAUGUGCUCGAACAGGGUAAGAUCUGUCUUUUGGAUAUUGAUAUGCAAGGUGUCAAGUCCGUUAAAAAGACAGAUUUGAAUGCAAGAUACUUGUUUGUUAGUCCCCCAUCCAUUGAAGAGUUGAGAAACCGUUUAUCAGGAAGAGGUACCGAGACAGACGAAAGUUUAGAAAAGAGAAUCGCUGCUGCGGCUGGUGAAAUGGAAUAUGCACAAACUGGUGCUCAUGACUUGAUCAUUGUCAAUGACGAUUUGGAUAGAGCAUAUGCAGAGUUUAAGAAGUUCAUCUUGGACCAGUAA